CGGAUAUAGCUCAAAAAGUGAUAAGUAAACAGACAAAUAUGCAAUUGGUUUUCUUUACCAGAGCUACAUAAAGAGCUGAGGAUAAUUGCAGUCAACUUACAAACUUGACAAGACUCUUAAAAAUAAUACUUGUGAAAUGGCUGAGAGCGGCGAUGGACGAUCUGACUUAAGAAACUGGAUGGGGAACCUUCCCGUUGCCCUACAUGACACGCGCAUCUCGGAAUUGGCUAUCCCUGGCUCACACGAUUCCUUCAGCUACAGUUUAGAUCCGAAAUCCGAGAUAGGUCCCGAUGCCGUCCCGGUCGUGUGGAUUCUUGGAAGGAUUUUCGCGGCCAUUAUCUAUAAGUGGAGUGUGACCCAGGACUGUAGCUUCCGGGAGCAGCUGGUCGCCGGCGUCAGGUAUUUUGACCUCCGGGUGGCACCCCGGCGGACGACGGGGAAGUUCCACUUUCUCAACACGUUGUUUGGAAUCUCGGUCGAAGAUGGCGUUAGAGAAAUUUUCGAAUUCCUCAGAGAACAUGACAAAGAAGUGGUGAUUCUGGAUUUCAACCAUUUCUAUGACAUGUCUGAUGAAGAACACACUGAGCUUAUACAGAAGUUGAUAGAUAUAUGUGGAGAAAAGAUGUUUGUGUGUGUUGAAAUAGAAAACCUAACGCUUAGUACGAUGUGGGAGAAUGGUCUACAAGUCAUCGUCAUUUAUCAUAAUAAGAUGGCCAGAGACUUUUGCCAGCUAUGGCCAGGAAACGAUUGUAUCUGCUCACCAUGGCCGCACACCACGAGCGUCACCAAAAUGGUGGCUUUCCUUGAGCAGACGACGUCAACGUGCAAGCCGAUGAUGUUCCAUGUGGCCCAAUGUGUUCUUACACCGGAUACAUGCUUCAUCAUGAGUCAUCUGACAGGAGGUAUCAAGGGAGACCUCGCCAAAAAUGCGAACCCUGCUGCCCUCGCUUGGUUAAAGACAAAGAAGAGAGGACCAAAAGGUGUUUAUAUUGCGACGUCAACGUGCAAGCAGAUGAUGUUCCAUGUGGCCCAAUGUGUUCUUACACCGGAUACAUGGUCCAUCAUUUGGCAUCCGUUCGGAGGUAUCCAGGAGGUCCUCGCCAAAAAGGCGAACCCUGCCGGCCUCGCUUGGUUAAAGACAAAGAAGAGAGGACAAAAAUGUGUUAAUAUUGCGAUGGCGGACUAUGUGCAGAUGGAUGACUUUACGAGAAAGGUUAUAGAAAUGAACUAUGUUUAGAAAUAUAUAUUGUGCAAUUGUUUAUUAUACUUAAAAUAUUACAUUAUUAAUUAGGCCACUGUGCUAGUUGCCACACUAAUAAACUACUAAAGACGAUACAACUAAUGCCCAUGGCCAAAAAAUCUGUUGAUAUCUCAUUUAUUUUAUGAUUGCCUAUAGAUCUAUGUACGUCGUCGUUUGUCGUCGUCGGCGCUAUAUGUGCUUGUUCGGAGCGCUGGCUUAAGGGAUUUUGUUUUCAUUCAAUAUCUUUAUUGAUUAUAGCAGUUGGACGAAUGCCCUUAGUAUGCAGGACUAUAAACACUGAGCUGAAAUUAUUUUAAAGACAUUUGUAUCUGGAAUGUUGCAAAACUUUGUUAAGCAAGACGGAUGGGGUCCUUCAAAUGUUUUCAUGAAGUGAUUCUAUCCACAAGGCAAUCUUUUCGAAAGGUAACUAAGGGUUAUGGCUUGAUAUGGACGGUGUAGCUCAUAUUCACACUUGGUAGACCCAUAAACUUCGGUGAUUAAUAUUGCAUCAGAUACACGCAUUUAAAUAAUUGAUUAUACUUCAUCGCGUUUGUUUUUUCCACUUUUCCAACACAAAACUUAUCAAAGCUGUUUCUUCUGUUAAAUAAUAGUUGGUCAUUGAAUGUGGAGGUUUCACAUGACACCGUCUGAACAAAACAAACACAGGGUACUUGAUGGAACCAGAGUCCAUCUUGCAAGUCCUUUAGUUUCAAAUUGAUAUGUUCUUGUUCUGAUACAUGUAAUGAAUUAUAUAGUUGCUGAUAUGGUUGUUUACUGUUGCGGACAAGUACCAUAUCUGACAAAGUAAGAAGGUAUCUAGAAAGUAAAGCGAUAACUGUACAUUUGACAGAUUCAUUCAAUCCUUGAACUUAUAAUUUUCGAAAACAAUUCAUACAAUGAUGUAUUAGUUUUGUUGUAUUUUUUAUUCUUUUAAAACUUAAUAUAAGCUUAGUUUAUGACUAACAAAAUGUAGAGCUUAACAUAACAUUGCAAGAUUGUUUUAACCUGGGCCAUUUGUCUUAAAUCUUCAAAGUUAAAUGUUCAUGUUUUAUUUAUUAACAAUCAAGUUAAACGACUUAAACAUACAUACUUUGUGACAUGUUUAAUGUUAAGGAGCUGACCAAAUUUUACGAAAGAACAUUUUAUCAGAUUUUAGACCAACAACCAUUUGCAUUUUUUUCGGAAAAGGUGGCCGGUCGACAAUACAGCUCAUUCACUUCAGUACGAUGGUCAAUGAAUUUGUAAAAACUCGUAAAUGCAUAAUUUCAUAUUCGUUGAUAUAUCAUUAGCAACUUUAUAUCAGUAAAAUAAUAGGAUGUCUCAUCGCUUAGCAAGGAGAUAUGAGAACAUCAAAUGGUCUCGUUAAAAGGGAACCUUCCAGUGCCAACUGCAAAGGACACUCAAGUGCAGUUAAUAAUUUUCUUACUUAAAUAAAUAUAAGUUUGAGAUUACUAUUAAAGCGGCUAAAUUCGCAUACAACUGGCACAGUGCAAAGUCUGUGUGAAUAUAUCGCUUAUUUUUUUCUGAUUUCAAUUAUAUUUUGUUUUAUAUUAAAUAGUGUAUUUCUA